CAUGGACAAUCAGACAGUGCUGGCAGUCCAGUCACUGCUAGACAGCCAAGGAGGUGUUCCUGACCCAAACAACCAAAACGUCUCUGGGACGCCAACAAUCCAGUCUAUGGGUAUGUAAUAGCAUGCACAGCUGUGGGACAGGCUGUGUCAUUGUCCUGUUAUUCUUUUAUGUCAAGAGACAUGUCAUCCAUCCAUCCAUUUUCUGACGCCUAUCUGGGUCUGGGUUUUUGGGCAGAAGGAGAGAUGCCCGCCCAUCUCUUCUAGCUAAUCCAGGAGGACACCAAGACAUUCCUAAGCCAGCUGAGAUAUUUCUCUUCAUUCUGUCCUGGAUUUUGCCCAGUGCAUUCUAAAGGGAGGAUGUGUCGGAAAAAUCCCUCAGGUAGCAGACGACGAAGACGUGUUCCUGUGUGGGAAGUGUAAAAAACAGUUCAACUCUUUGCCUGCUUUCAUGACGCACAAGAGGGAGCAGUGCCAGUCUAGCACCCCUUCUCUGUCCACAGUGUCCUUGGCCUCCACCAAUGCUUACACGCCUGUCCCGUCUAUUAGUUCGGUACCGCAGACUCCUGCCAACAGACAGGUGUCCACCUACAUCACAGUCCCUCCCUCCCCUUUGACGCACACUCUGGUCCAAGGCAACGUGCUCGUCAGCGAUGACAUCCUCAUGUCUGCCAUCUCAGCCUUCACCUCCAUCGACCAGCCCAUGGCCCCCAUGCAGACUCCCAUACAGAGUAACCUGAGCAUGCACACAGCCGGUGUGUCCUACUUACAGCACCAUCACCACCACCACCUCCAUCACCUUCAUCAACCGCAGCAGCAGCCCCCACAGCAGCAGCAGCAACAACAACAACAACAGCAGCAGCAGCAGCCGCCCUCCCAUCCCCUGCCACCUGCACAGCCCACCCAGCAGACACUCACUUCCCAGGUCCCGGCGAGCCACAGCAACUCAGUGGUGCAGGUGUACAGCACUCUGCCCCACAUGGUUGGAGGUGGAGGGGGUGGCGGGGGUGGAGCUGAGAUCCACACACUGGGUUUGCAGCCUUUCCAUCCUGUGCAAGUGCCCAGUCAGGGUGUAGAGAGUCAUUCGUUCACAACCCCUCCCGUGUACAGCCCCGGGAAGCAGGGCACCAAAACCAAGACCUGCAGCAUCACUGCCAGCAUGGCGGAGCUGGGUGACUUUGAAAAGGUAAUCGUUCCCAAGCGACCGAGGAACUGUAAAAAAAGCUCAGAUGGAGUCGCAGCAGAGCAGCUCAAGGGAAAAGGUCCGAAGCUCAAAUGUAACUUCUGUGACAAAGUCUUCUCGAAAAACUUUGAUCUCCAGCAGCACAUUAGGAGCCACACGGGAGAGAAACCGUUUCAGUGCAUCGUCUGUGGCCGAGCCUUCGCGCAGAAGUCCAAUGUGAAGAAACACAUGCAGACACACAAGGUGUGGCCUAUGAGCGUGGCCAGCACUGUGUCUAGACUACCAAUCACAGUAAAGGUGGUGCCACUGCCCCCCAGUGAGGAAGAAGAAGGCGGGGAACAGCAGCAGGAAAGUGAGCGGGAUGAGGACGGGAUGCAGGAAACACAAACAGAGGAGCCAACGCAAGCAGAAGCACCUGGGGAGCUGGAGGAGAGAGUGGCCGAGGUUCGGGCUGAUCCAGAGGGCAGCCAAGCGGAGGAUGUGCAGAGCAGGCAGAACCAGCAGUGCCCGGCUCAGACCAAACAGAUCGUGGUGAUAGACAGCUCCUACCAGUGCCAGUUCUGCGCCAGCAGGUUUAAGACCUACUUCCAGCUCAAGUCCCACCUGACCCAACACAAGGGGGAGCAGGUUUAUAAGUGCGUGUUAAAAUCAUGCUCCCAGACCUUCCAGAUUCUGGAUCAGUUUUUGGAACACAUCCGGACGCACCAGGAGCAACUGACCUACCGCUGCCACCUGUGCAGCAAGGUGUUCCCCUCGCUCUUUGAGCUGGGACUCCACCAGUACUCCCAUUCCCUCUGCCCGCAGCAAAAUACACGCAAGGAGGCCACCGUGUACAGAUGUGUGAAAUGCCAAAGCCGAUAUUCUACGCAAGAAGCGUUAGAGCAACACCUGCUAACUGCAUCGCACAGCUUUCCCUGCCCACACUGUCAAAAGGUCUUCCCAUGUGAAAGAUACUUCAGACGCCACCUCCCCACUCACGGCGUUGGCGGCAGGUUCAAGUGUCAGAUCUGCAAGAAGGCCUUUAAGACGGAGCACUACCUCAAACUGCACACACGGAUUCACUCAGGUGAAAAGCCAUAUAAAUGUUCCCUCUGUGAGGCGACGUUCAACAGGAAAGACAAAGUGAAGCGACACAUGCUCAUUCAUGAACCCUUUAAGAAAUACAAGUGUCCUUUCAGGACACAUGUCGGUUGCACCAAAGAAUUCAACAGACCAGACAAACUCAAGGCCCACAUCCUGUCACACUCUGGUAUCAAGCCCUACAAGUGUCUGUUCUGUCAGAAGGCGUUCAGCCGCAGGGCUCACAUGCUCGAGCAUCAGCAGUCCCACACUGAUAACUACCGCUUCCGUUGCUCCACCUGCAACAAGGGCUUCACCAGGCAGAGCUAUUACAGAGAUCACAAAUGUCCUGCCGCAGGAAAUGAGCUGGGAGCAGAAAUGGAGACGGGAGAAACGGAGGGAGACGAGGUAGAGGAGGCUGAGGAGAAGGACAGAGAGGAUGAGCAGAGAAGAAACGGGUUCACGAGAAAAGCAAAAAGGACGGAGACAGGGGGAGAUGAUGGAGCGGUGGGCAAUGGCAUAAAUGGCAUCCGGCAGCAAGUGGAAACACAUGGGGAGGCGGGAGAGGAGAGAAGGAAUGAUGAGGGCUGUCAGGCUGUGCUGUCCAUCAGCACCAUCGAAAGGCAGACAAAGGGAGAAGAGGAGGAGGAUGACGGGGUGAAUCAUGGUGGAGGAGGACUGGAGCAGAUUUCAAGCGAUGACCAAAACUGUUUGCAGCAGCCAUGUUUGUAGUCCUAAUGCCAAGUCCGAAUGUUUCCAGGACCAGUCGUCAAGCUUUGUUAACCUUUUUUUUAUUAUUUAAACCACACAUUUACAUAACAUUAUUUGUUUUAAAUUAAAACGUCAUUUAAAUUAUUACACUGGAUUAACAGGAACUGGAAGAUUUGAAGGAUCUGUUGGAUCUAUGAAUCCCAGUGGAAAGUUUCUAAAUUCUUGUAUUAUGUGCAAGUUCAAACCACGCCGGCUCCGUCACAACAUAAUCUCAAGUUUUGCCAAAAUGUUCUGUUUUCAUGUCAUUUCAUGUAACGACAAAUAAAAUUACUUUAAGGUUUGUACGUGACUCAAAGUGUAAUUGUGUCUAUUUAAAUGCAUGUUAGUGCAUGUUUUAGUGCAGGUGACACCAAAGCUGCUGACGUUAUAAUGGUUUCAGUUUUGGCUUUGGUUGGGUCACUCAGCGAGUCUGAGAAGCAUUUCAAAGCAGCUCUGGGGGAAAGGGGAACUUCUGGGGAACUCCUCGUCAAUGCACUCAGAGUAUUUUGGUAGGCUGGCCACUGCUGGGAUGGGUCACCACACUUCCAGGUUUUCUGUUUGGGUAAUGGGUCUUCUCAUGGCUCACUGGAGUCCCAAAGCCUUAGAAAUUGCUUUCUUUUACCUGCUUCACUUACCUCUUGGUCUAGAUAAUGAAAUUUAUUUCAAAUUUCUGAUAAAAAAAUAGGGUUAAUUACAUUUAAUUCAUGAUUUAAUAAUAGAGGGUGAUUACUUUUUCAUACAGGUUUAACAAAUUCCCAUAAUUAAUAAAAUAAUUUAAAAACUAGCUGUAUUUACAACGGUAAUCUAUGACUGAUUAAAAAAAACAAAACUAAACUAUACAGAAUGACCAGUUUUUACCAUUGCUUUUAACCUCAGCUCAACUCGCAGUAGAUGGUAAAUCUUCCUUUAAAAUCAGCCUUUACUGUUAGUUUUAGAAUGAUUCAUUGCCAUUUCAUUCAUAAUGGUGAAUCACCCAAAAAUGUUUCCAACACCAAAUUUCACUUAUUUACCUACUUCUGUAUAUUCUUUCAUCCAGAUUACAUUAUGCUUUACACCAGUGAUUCCCAAAGUGUGGAAGAAACUCAGCUUGAAAUUAAACAUAUGUAGUUACAUGUUUAUUGAAAUGUAUUAAUAUAAAAAGGUCAAUUAAAAUCGGUAAAUAAAGGUAGUUAGUUUGUGAUUUAACCCAUUACUCUGACCAAAGUUUAUUGAUCUCAUUUGUCUCCCAGUAACAGGUGGGUCACGCAUCGGCCUUUACAAUUUGCAUAUGCCUG